GCUCGUUGUCGCGUUAGUAGCGUCCGGGCCGGGGCAGGAGGAGGAGGAAGAAGAUGGCGGCGCCUCUGGCCCUGGGGCAGUGAGACGCGGAGCGUGGCCGGGCGCGUGAGGCGGCAGGGCGGAGCGGGGCCCCCAUGGCCGCGGGGCCGGGCCAGGAGCCGCGUCGCCCCACGGGCCUGCCACGGCCCCGCCGCGGCUGGUAGCGCGGCCCCAGCGCCCCGGCGGACGCGCCCCCGAGCCUGCCGCGAGACGGGCUCCCGCCCGGGCUGGGCCGCUCCCAACCGCCAGGGGAACAGGGCUCCUGCCCCAAGGGGGAGCCUAGUGGCCCCCCGCCCCGUCCCCAAGGGGUCACCCCCAGCUCCCUUCCCGGGGGACCCUCCUGGGGGUAGCCCUCGAGUCCCUCCCCCCUUAGAGAAACAGCAGCGAUUCCCCCAGGCCCCUCUGCCGGGCGUCCCAUUCCCCCCUGCAACGGGGCACGGAUCCACCCCCCCCCCCAAGGGAAGCUGCGUUAGACUUGGGGAGGGUAGAAGCUCCCCCUGAGGGGCCCAGCAGCCUUUUUCCUUCCCUGCCCUCCCACCCCUCCAGAAGGGCUAAACUCAGGAGGGCAGAGCCCCACCAAAGCUCUUCCCGAGUGCCUUCCUCACGGGAAGAAAGUAGCUUCUCUCUCGUCGAAGCUCCUGCGGGGGAGGCAGGCCUUCAAGUUCUUGCCUUUGAAAGUGUGCACGCUAGCCGCCUAGCUCCCCCACCCCCAGAGGAUCAGGAUGUCGGAGAACCAGCCCAAUGCGAACAAUCACCAUCACCCCAUGAACAACAACGGGGGUGGCGGGGCUGCCGGUGGAAACAAUCGGGGGGUACGGAACCCCAACCUCAACCAGAACCCCCUGAUUAAUGUGCGCGAUCGCCUCUUCCAUGCCCUUUUCUUCAAGAUGGCUGUAACCUAUGCCCGCCUCUUCCCACCCUCGUUCCGCCGCAUCUUCGAGUUCUUCGUCCUUCUCAAGGCUCUCUUUGUGCUGUUCAUCCUGGCUUACAUUCACAUCGCCUUCUCCCGUUCGCCCAUUAACUGCCUGGAGCACGUGCGGGACAAGUGGCCGCGCGAUGGAAUCCUGCGGGUGGAAAUACAACGCAACUCCAGCCGAGCCCCCAUCUUCCUGCAGUUCUGCGAGGUGGAGAAAUUCCCGGGAAUGGUGAUUGAGUCUAUGCAUGAGGAGGAGGAGGAGGAAGAGGAGGAAAUGACCGUGGAGAUGUUUGAAAACAGCUCUGUCAAGUUUGAGCUGGACAUCGAGCCCAAGGUGUUUCUCAAGCCACCCCGGGCGAGCAGCACUGAGGCACUGACCCAGGUGACCCAGAACGAAAGCCAGGAGUUCUCGUUUAGCGAGGCGACCACUAAAGUGUGGCCCCAGGAAGAGUACAUUGUGGAGUAUUCUUUGGAGUACGGGUUUUUACGCCUGUCUCAGAGCACUCGUCAGCGUCUCAGCAUCCCAGUCAUGGUGGUGACACUAGAUCCCACCAGGGACCAGUGCUUUGGAGACCGAUUUAGUCGCCUGCUGCUGGACGAGUUCCUGGGUUACGAUGACAUUCUAAUGUCCAGCGUGAAAGCUUUAGCUGAAAACGAAGAGAACAAAGGUUUCCUCCGCAACGUGGUGUCUGGGGAGCACUAUCGCUUUGUCAGCAUGUGGAUGGCUAGGACUUCGUACCUAGCAGCCUUUGUUAUCAUGGUCAUAUUUACUCUGUCAGUAUCAAUGCUGUUGCGCUACUCUCAUCAUCAGAUCUUUGUCUUCAUUGUGGACCUCUUACAGAUGCUGGAGAUGAACAUGACCAUUGCAUUCCCUGCUGCUCCCUUACUCACUGUCAUUUUGGCUCUAGUAGGCAUGGAGGCCAUUAUGUCAGAGUUCUUCAAUGACACCACCACUGCGUUUUAUAUCAUCCUCAUUGUGUGGCUGGCGGACCAGUAUGAUGCCAUCUGUUGCCACACCAAUACUAGUAAGAGGCAUUGGCUCAGGUUCUUCUACUUGUACCACUUUGCCUUCUAUGCAUACCACUAUCGAUUUAAUGGGCAGUACAGCAGUCUGGCUCUGGUCACCUCAUGGCUUUUCAUCCAGCACUCCAUGAUCUAUUUCUUCCAUCACUACGAGCUGCCGGCCAUCCUCCAGCAGAUCAGAAUCCAAGAGAUGCUGCUGCAGAACCAGCAGGUGGGUCAAGGGACCCAAACAACGCUGCAGGACAACCUUAACAACAACACUACAGCCGCCCCCACCGACAUGGGUGGCAGGCGGCCCCAUCCGGCAGCUGGUCCCACCGCAGAAAGCAGCAGCCCCAGUUCUCUGGCUCCCAGCGAGGAUCCCAGUGCUGUUGCCAUUGCAGCUGCUACAGCCUCUUCUGUAGGGAGUGAUCUGAACUGGGUAGCUGAAACUGCUGCCAUCAUUACAGAAGCCUCGUUUCUGUCUGACCUGAGCACUACCCUCUUGGAGCCAAACAGGGUGCAUGAAGCCAUAGCCAAUGGGAGCCCACAGGAUGCUGCUGUCGCUGCUGCUUCAAGCUUGGUAGCCCGAAUUCGAGUCAGUAGCGACCACGUGGAGACUGCUAUGGGCUCCAUUACUAUUGAGGUCUCUUCAACAGCAGUGGUUCCUGCAACAGAUGCGCCCCCUGGUGCAGAAGACACACCAGCCGCCCCCCUUGUCCCAGCACAGGAGGAUGGUGGGUCUGUCCCCAGUCCUUCCUUUCCUGAGCAGACUGAGGCUGCAGGGGAGUCACUGAGCCAAGCAGAACCUAGUGGAAAGGACUGUGUUGCAAACAGUAACCUGGCAGAGACCCCUCAGCCCCUCACGCAAGAUACUGAUCUGGUCAAGCAUUUGGAUAGUGCUUUUGGGGACCAUGGGGAGACCGCCCCCUGCCCAACAGCAGUGGACGGUACAGCCUGCUCCGAAGCUCACUCGGAACCAGAGUCCAGGAGCCUGUCCUGAGCUUGUUCUCUCCUUGAUCUCUGGCAGUCCAGAAGGAGUCUAGAUUUCUUAUUUCUCCCCAUGCCUCCCCCAUAAUUCCUUUUAGUGGAGGCAGAGCAGCUGGAGCGCGGGAAAGAGGCAGUACGUUUCUCCCCUGGACAGUAGAUGUGUAUGUGUGUAAAAGGACAGACUAGCCGGGAGCCAUUAAUACCCAGCAUCCCUCUGCAACUAGACCUGCAGAGAGAGGUUCUUCACUGCAUGCAAGCUGCUGGGCCCCACGUUUUUCUUAAGCCAUUGGCAGACAACAGGGCUGCAGGGUUGCUGCAUUUGGGCUAGUCAGUGUCACACUUCUGUGGUUCCCCCUUCUUCCUCUCCUGCGUUGCUCUUACAAGGAAGGGCUUCCAGGUGUACCGGCUGGAUCAGCUGCUGGGGACUGAGUUGUUAGCCCUACUUGCCUUUGCAAGUGUGACCCAAAUUGUACUAAACAAUUUCUUUUGUUUUAACCAAAAAAAAAAAAAAAUCUUUGUGAUGAGAUGCAUCUAAUGUGGUGUAUUGCUGGAAAGACAGGCAGGAAAGCUCAUCAACUGAAAUGGAAACGAACUUCAGGGGCUGUCAGGAACCACUUGCUGGAGCUAAGAGUCAUUUCCUUUCAUCAGGGGAGCUUCGGUGGAUGCUGCUUGACAUCUUCACUCUGACAGUUAGGUAGCGUCUAGCUGAUUUCUCUGCAGCUGAAUCUCCCUGUUCUCAGCUCUUGUUCCUCACCAGCCAUGUGGGCUUGACUGUAUAGGGGUUUUCUGGCUACUUAGCAAAGGAGUAAAGUUGGCUAUUGCAAAGACAAAUUCUAUAUAUAGCUCUAUCUAUUUUUAGGAAGAUGCAGAGGUUUUAAAGGGUGAGACACAAGUCUGUAUUAAUGGAGGGAGAAGAUACGGGUGGCAGUUUCCUUACGUUCCUGUCUUUUAGAACUGCAGUUUAACAGAAUGUGUGUGUGGUGGGGGUGUUCAGGUCUCCUUUGGAGAUCCCCAGAGGGCAUCAGCAAGCUUGGCCUUCCGCUAGGGAAAGUGCAUCUUAAGCCCUGUGCCCUUUUUCCAGAUAUCAUUGCAGUAGAGAAGCUGGGAAAUAGGGCUUUGAUUAGCUGUAGUUAAGCAUCUUUCUGCUGCACUCUCCCCCUGACCUCUUACCAGUGGCAACCCUGUCCUGGGAGAGGUGAAACAUGAGGCUGUUUUCCUGUGCUAACGGAUCUCUGAGAGCCGGUCAGCACUGUCUGAGCGGAUAGGUUCAUACUGCUUCCCCAGCAGGUGGCAGGGGUGUGCUUGGAACCAUCUAGGCUGAUUCUGGGAUGGAUCCCCAUGGCUAUCCUCCCUUUUCCAUUCCCACUGCACCCCCGAAAGGAGAGCAGCUCUUCUGGCUGCCACAUGGCCUCCGGCAGGGGCUCUCUGACUCCAGCACCUUAAACGCAUAGCACACAGACUGGGUAAGCUCGAGCCAGGGGCUGUGGCCUGAAAACAUGAGUUAGAAACUGAACUAUAGCUUCCAUAAUUCAUGGAAGAGCCUUCAGGGACGCAUGUGUGUAGCCUGGUCACCACCCAGCUCCACUCUUUGGUGGCUUAGCUUGUCUCUUCAGUGCCUUGUCCCAUGCAUGGGACACCUUCACACCCUAAGAUUGGGCCCUUCCAUGAGUCGAGAAGUCCCCUUGGCACAGCACCAAAAGGGGAGACUGCAGGUAGAAAACCGUUACUCGUGAUGGUUCCGGAGAAAAGCAAAGGACCCGAACACUGAAGCCAAGAAGAAAUGUAGAUAAACCCUCCCUCUCCUCCCAGGCAAAAAGGACUCCUGGAGCACUGUCCUGCUGAGAGGAGAGGCAAAGCUAGCUGUGAGAUUAGUGUCUCACCCUGGUAGACUGUAGUUUGCCGAAGGGCUAUCCGGCUCUACACCUUUUUACUAACUAGUUGUAGCGGGUGACAUCUGGUACCCAGGUUAGAGAGGCUGCAUUAGACACCAGCCUGUUAGCAGCAGCAGCGUUUUCUAGUUCACUCAGCCUGCACUGGAAUGCCCAGCCUGGGAGCUGCUUCCUUUGGAGAAGGGUUUGUGGUAGGUGAUGUCCGGUUCCCCCAGCAAGACUCAGAGGGGAGAUAAACUCAGGAAAAGGUGGCAUAUGUGGUGGAAAAGGGAAGUGCCAUGGGGGAGGGUGGGGCUUAGCCCCCCUUGAUUAGAGGGGCGCUGGGAGGCAUGUCUCCAGGGGGACAGAGACCAAGCUGUGGAAUUGUCCUUGGGCUCCAUUCUUGUCUACGUGAGCUAAGCAGCCCUCAUCUGGGAGGGUAAGUGCAGCUGGUGUUUUCUUCCCGUCUGAUCAGUCCCAGGAAUGAGGCCCUCUGGCAUUUCCACUGCUUAGCACAUGGGGAAGGUGCUGUUGGGUGGGGAAUUGGCGUGUGAUCGAAGGCUUUGCCAUGUCAGUGGCUGCCCAGCGCAGAGGGGUUUCCGACAGUAUCUUCGCUUUCUGUUUCUCUGCCUUUCCUCCCCAGAAACCCCUUUUUAGGGAGUACAUGCUGCUGCUGCUGGAGAUGGAGAGCGCUGGCCAGGGCCCGAUAUGUUGGUGGACCCCUCUCACUACACCCAACCUCCUCAGGAGCGAGAUGGGGUCCAGCCAACAUCUCCCCCCUCAAUUAUCUGAUGCUGCUUCUAGGCAGGUUGUAAAGGUCAGAGCACAAGGCAGCAGAAACAGCUGUAGGAUUUGGGGGGGGGGGGAGGGAAAUGAACCAAAUCAUUUGCUGAAUGAAGGCUAGAGUUCAUUCUAUUUAAUUAAUGUACAAAAUGUGUUUGUAUAUAGAAUAAAUAUUAUCUCUAACGGCGUCAGUGGUGCUGCUUUGCUAACGGUCGUGCUGGGGUCCUGGGCAGGCUGGACCUGGUCUUCAGUCCGGACAGUAUCAUGUACUCUCAGCGCCUAGGUGUAAGCCUGUCAUAGGAUCUGAGCACCUCCCCGCCCUGGAGGUAGGGCACUGUUAGUCUGCCUUUGUUACAGAGCAGGAGCUGACACACACAGUAAGUGACUUGCCCAAGGAGGCUGUGGUGGAGCAGGGAAUUGCCCUGGGUCGCCCAGGCCAACCCCCCGAAUAACACUGGAGGGGCUAGAAGAGCACCCAGCCUUUGACCGGAGGCUCAUUGCACAGCCCUAUGGCGAAGCUGCUGCUGCCCUUCUGUAGCUAGUUCUCCGAACUACAGUGAGGACUUGGGAGCUUUAAAUACUUUUGAGGGUCUGGGUCUGAGCGACCAGGGUUUCCGUCUCUCAGAUUUACUGACCUCCCUUUAAAAAAUACAUUUUCUGUUCAAACUUCAGAGGGCUGGACAGCACCCUUUGGACCUUUAAUGCUGCCCGGCUCAUGGUCAGUCACCCUCUUACGUGUAGGACUGCUGCAUUCUCAACCUGCAUCUCUGAUCUUCCAGCACAUCAGAGAUGAGGCAAGCCAGGACUUUCCUUCUGCCUGAAACGAAGGGAUUGUCUUAACCAGAACCAUCUUUUGUGCUUGCUCAUUGCUGGCAAGGGAGUCCUGCCGUGACGGAAGAGAAGUUACCCUCUCCAUAAAACCCUUUUGCUGCUGGGAUGAAGGUGGAAGGAGAUUUCCCCCACCCCCAGCUUUACUCAAAAAUACAGUUUUGUGACAGAUUCCCUGUAGCUCUGUCAACUUAAAUUCUGCAAUUUUGUGCCUUGCUAACUCAAAUCUUAAUUCACUAAAUAAAAUCCUAAUCCCAGGCUGACUGUUGCAUUUGAAAAACAGCUCAGAGUGAAGGAAAUAUGGGGAGAGAAACUCCUGCUGGUGAGGGAGCUGGACAGAGCUUCUUUCCACAAGCUUGGGGGCUGGAGGAGCUAGUGAGCAGAUUCCUGAGUCAAUCUACAUUUUCACCCCCUCCCCCCACAUUUAACCACCUGCAGAAUCUGAAGGGGGUGGCUGGGAGGAGACGUCUGCAUUGCUUUUUAUUCUAGUUAAAAUCUUCAACUUUGUACACUUUAUUUACAACCAAUGUUACAGCCGCUGCUAGCGAAAGGAAACACUUAGAAUUUGCAUCACCCAAACCCCUGCACAGCGUUUUCUGGACAACUGUCACCCUCAGAUGUAGGGAAAUUCGAGUAGGUGUCUCUUCCGUGUCUCACACACUCACCUUUGGGGAGAGAAGGGAUCCUAAACGGCAUAAACUUUCCUAGCCUGAGGCAUCGGUUCUUAGUUCCUCAGUGGAUUCCAUCUAGUUUCCCCAAACACCUGUUUUAAAUAGGGAAGGAUUCUUCCGUCCGAGGCAGCGGGGAAAGAACUAACCCUGAACCCUUGCGAAAAGCCGGUCCUGUCCUCUCACCUGCAGUAAUCACUAUGUAACUGAAAUGGUUCUGAAGUGAGGUUCUCCUUGGUAGGAAUGUGUUUGCCAUUACCAAAGGACAGCAGCAGGAUGGGAAUUGGGUCCCAGCUGUGAUACAAAGGAAUUAAUUUAAAACAAAGCAGUGAGUGAGUCGGGCCCUGAACCACCUGGGGAGCGUUUCCCGGUUGCUGUGAUCUGUGCUAAAGUAACAGCCCACUUCCUAGGCAGCUCCACCACUUCCCCAACCAGGAGCCUCUGCACGUGCUCUCCAGGCACUGGUUUGAU